UACGGCGACCACAAAAUGUCAGGGGGAACGUUUGCGAGGUGGGGAAAGUCUGGCACAGUGCAAGAACAGAACGUUUGGCGCGUGAAGUACUGCAAACUCGCCGAAAGUGAGACUUGGGAAAGUGAAACGAACCAUAGCGAGGCUCUCGGCGAAAACCGGAUCUCGGCCGAACGCUGGGCUAGAUAUAAACCGAGCGAGCUUGAGUUUGGCAGUGAGUGUUGUGCGCGGGACAAGCCAAAGACAGUGACCCUAAACUAUACCAAGAUGGAUUCGCAGAAGAGCAAGAAACAGAACGAUGAAGAGAUCCGAAGCCAGGUGCUUGCCGACGACGCUACGAAGGAUAUUGGGGUGUACUUAAGUGUGACCAUUGCAACUGUAGCUACUCUAACGGCCCUUCUUGGUGUGGGGUCGGUGAUUGUCCUUCGCGCGCUACUUCGGUUCCGCCCGGAGAUCGGAGGUUACUGGAUGUCAUGUAUACCGUUCAUAUUCCCGGGCAUUUCGGGGACGGCAGUUGCGUUCAAGCGCCACAGAACAUCAGUCUCUGUCCACGUCGGCAUCAUGUUCGCGGCGUUGCUGGCUGGAGGCAGUUGCUAUGGUUACUCCAUUGAACCGGUGUAUUUCAAUAACUCAAACUGCACCGACAUAUACCGCAUUGGUGCUUGUGACCGCCCCGCUCUCCUCAUCAUGCAUCUGGUGUCGGGAGGGGCGGCCACCGCCUUCUGCCUCUUCGGGCUUCUGCUGUCCUUCUGUGCCUGUAGCAGCGUCAGCAAAACCUACGCCCAAAGGGCGCAUGACCGUGAAUUAGAAUCAUACGAAGAGGCUGAGAAACAACGUCAGGCGAAAAUUAACGCUAAAAAAGAAGCGUUCACUUAUCAACCUUCUAUCACAACUAUCUCGGAGAAAACCCCAAUCGGAAAUGACGUCAUUACGCCUGCAUCCAAUGGCGUGAGCGUAGUAGAAACCAAGCAACCAGUGGACGAUGUCACGAGGCUCUGAACACCAAGUGUGAUCGCUGAUAAACUAGAGAUGUGUAUAUUGAGCCUGGAAAGUCCAGCAACCCAAGUCUUCAUGGGCGUCUCCCAUGAACACAUAUUUAGUCCAGAUUUGACAUUUUAAUUCUAAUGGUAAUCGACAUAAUUGUUUCAGAAAGUGCAAGCGUGGAAGUCCUGGUGGCUUUGAAUCCUGUUUUUUCAAACGACAAUGUCUGUAAACAUUUUAAUUAUUUAGAUCAUUCUCUCAGUAACUGAUUACCGCGAUGUCUGACACUGUAAAACAGGCCACUUCUAAAUUUCACCCAGAUCAAGAUUAUGGAGAUAGUAAAAUUCACCAAACCGUGGAAUGUUGACGACUUUACGGAUACUUGGUUCGAGGUAGUGGCCAGUCCAUCCAUACAAGACUAUUCAGAUCAUUCAAACUCCAUGUUGUUGCCCUGCUCAAACCUAUCACACCGAUCAAAUCAUUCCAAAGCUAAUGAUGACCAUAUUUACAUCAUCAUCUACCCCGUCUUGAAAUGGGCACCACCAACGUUAUGCAACUCAAUACAGAAAGUUCAAAGAUAAAACGACCCGGGUACUUAACUGGCAAAAAGCUGUAGACAUACCUAAAGGAAGCCAUUGAGAGAUAAUCAGUGCCUUGAAGUUCUAAAGUAACACGUGACCUGACACGUCACAAUGGAAUGCCCUUCUGCACACGACACCAGCCUUAUACAACCAAUUAGAAAUACAUAAUAACCAAUUGUUGCGACGCUAAAAAUAGAACGAUAAUGUAAGCCUCGUUUUGGAUUAAAAAGCGCUCUGAAUGUCUUUAUGUCCACCCCUAACAUUUUUUAUUUCACAGUCACCAUAUCAUUAGUUCAGUGAGUGUAUUUGACUACCUCGGUUAUGAUCACGACCGGUUUACCCUUUAACCUUGAGAACAACGUGUAUAACACAUACCACACUAGCAAUAGUGAAGCUGAGUAUGUAUAUACCAGCGAUAUGACUAUCAACGUGCAUGUCCAUCACCCCAGAUAAAAUAUAAAGUGUAUGUAAUAAAGUAUUUUUUUCUACAUAGAAAAUACAUAAAUAAAUAAUAAGUUUGGAUUGAGAAAAUAGUUGUAUUAGAAUGUUUUUAAAUGCUCUCCUAGAACCGGCCUUUGAUAAGUUUAAGUUGAUCCAUUGGUCAUUCUUGACGAAAAUAGUUGUAUUAGAAUGUUCUUAAAUGCUCUCCUAGAACCGGCUUUUGACAAGUUUAAGUUGAUCCAUUGGUCAAUCUUGACACGAUGUUGUUAUUCCAAAACUCAAACGUAUUAUUUCGUUUUAAAAAGAAUACCAUUCAGCGAUUGUCAGAACAUAUUUAUUAAAUGCCCCAAAUUAAACAUGUAUUACUUCUUGUAGGCGAACAGAUCCCUUUUUAUAUAUUGUACUUAUAUAUCAUCGAUAUUUGUUAUUAAUAAUGCAGUUUAUAAACCAUGUCUUUGUUUGUUUCUAGUUGCAGAUUUUUAACUGUUUUAAUGACGAUUAUUCGCAUUGAUAACCAUUCUCGUUGCAUUUCCUUAUUGGAUAUUGCAACCCAGAACCACAGACCCCAGACAAUAAAGACGGAACGAACAAAAUAGAUUGAACUAAAUGCCUAUAUAAGUAGAAAAGGAAAUCUAUACUAAAACUAUAGAACAGGACUCCGAUACAUCAUUCAGUGGAAUAUAUAUAUAUAAAUGGAUUCCAAAAAAUAUAACCAGACGUUACUAAAUAAAUAUUGUUAGAUACUGUCAUUUUCUCUUUUAUGUCAUUUAUCGUAAUGUACAUAUCACUUGAGGCUACAAGAGUUUGUUUUACGAAAUCAGGGCCUGAGCAUUAUCCCUUUCUGGCCCCGAAUCGGGACUUUACUUCACUUAGAUCUGAUUGCAUGUCAGUCUCAAGCUGUUUUUGUUAUUGAUAUAUAUAUAAUACCAUACACAAGAGUAGUUUUUUAAAAUGUUCACGUGACGAAUCCGACCUCAACCGGAUGUUGCCGAUGAUCUGCCGAAUGACCAGCCUCGUCAAACAUUCGGAACGUCUCGAGCUUUUCAUGACGCCGCCCUAUUGAUCUGUACAUGCAUUUUCAUUUAAACUGUGAGCCACAUUGAUCUUGCUUCCAAAUGAAUCUUCGUGGUGUAUAGACAAUAUAAGCACAUUUCCUUAUCUAUUUUGUGUGAAUGCAGGGUCGAGGAGUUAAUGAUGACGAGUAUACAAGAAUAGAUAUCGGACUUUCAGAACACACCAUGUCGAUCUUUAUGGCUCUCGGUUUUCAACAUACCUAUAGUCUAGUUCAGGAAUGUAGAUAUUGGUAGAAGUUUUCGCAUGGGUGAAAAUGCGUUACAUCUAGCGAUGUUUAUUUUCGAUCUUUCAUAUUGAAAAUGUUUAAGCAUUGUACUGUUUUGGUAAUAAAUUUGUAAAUACAA